AUGGCGACUGCUGUAACAAAUCAGUUUGCCAUUACAUUUUUCAGCACUUUAGUUGCACCAAAUCAGAAUGAGAAUGUCAUAUUUUCACCCAUCAGUAUAUCAUCGGCAGUAGCCUUGGUAGCUGCUGGCGCAGAAGGAAAAUCUUUGGACGAAAUCGAGAAAGUAUUCGGCUGGAACGGAGAAAGAAAGCAGCUUGCAAGAACCGUAUUGACGGAAACGAAGGAGACUGUGGAUGAAUGCAACAGCUCUUGCCCACUUAAAUCCGUGAAUGGGAUAUGGUUAGCAAAGGAGUUCGCUAUUUCCAAAUCCUAUGAAAGUUUUCUUAAAGAAUACGAUAUUAACGUCGCUGAAACUGAUUUCAAAAAUAACCACGUGAAGGCUACGUCACUCUUAAACGAAUGGGUGUCAGAAAGAACGAACAAGCGUAUCAAUGAGCUCUUCGCAAGUGGACAAUUAGAUGAAGCAACAAAAGCAGUCAUAGUUAAUGCCCUUUAUUUUAAAGGUAGCUGGCUGCACCCAUUUGAUAAGACGAUGACACAAGAUGCUGAAUUCCAUGUUUCAAACACAAAGACAGUCAGUGUGAAAAUGAUGUAUCACUCUGGCGAAUUUAGAUACAUCUAUGACUCACAAAACAAGUGUGAUGUCAUCCAGCUUGAUUAUACAUCAUCAGCCUACAAUAUGGUGGUAAUUGUGCCUCAUGAAAUUGAUGGGCUAUUGGGUGUGACUUCGUCAAUCUCCUUAGCCCAAAUCUCCAAGUGGAAAGAUAGUCUUGCAUCAUCAUAUCCUGAAAAAGUUGAUGUUUUUCUUCCCAAAUUCAAAGUGUCCCAAAAGAUUGAUCUUAAAAAGCACCUCAUUAAGCUUGGUAUUAGCCAAGUUUUUACUGACAAAGCAAAUUUAUCCGGCAUUACUGCAGCUGAAGAUCUGUAUGUCUCCAGUGCAGUCCACAAAGCAUUUUUAGAGGUAAACGAGGAGGGAACUGAGGCAGCUGCUGCAACUGGAAUUGGCAUCUCUUUUAUGUCUCUUCCCCCACAAGUUAGGGCUGAUCGGCCUUUCAUGUUCAUGAUAACAUCAAGAAAAACUGGCAGCAUUAUCUUUCUCGGCAGCAUCUUUGACCCUUCAGCAGAGUGAAAUGAAGGCAGUUGGCAUAGCUUUGACAAACACAAGAUAAAAUCGCAGUGAUAAUUCAAAUUUUUUUGGUUAAAAAUGAUUGUCAUAUUCAAAGAAUAUUUUUGAUUUAUAGAAGAAGAUGAAUAUUUUUUUGAAAGCACAGACAGUAAAAUAAAAUUUAUAGUGAUUGUAAUAUUUUUUUAUUUGUAAAUGAAAGAUCCAGAUAUAUUAUAGAUUUGACUAUCUCAUUGUAAUGUAUCCUUUUCUUUAUCCUGUAGUCCUACAGAAGAGGGGCUAAAGCCUGAUU